UUUGUCAAUUCAUUUUCAGACAUAACUUUAAUAUUGUAUAGGAGAAGGAGUUGUUAGGCAAUGAAGGCAUAACUGAAGAAGAGAAUCCUAUAUCAUGCUUUACAGCCUGUGAGAGAGAGAAAAAACUUGGGACAAUUUAUAAAGUUAUUUUCGUAAUUUCAUGAUCUCUUACACAUUUCCCAAUUGUCAGAAGACGAAAAUGUCGACAGAAUGCAAAAAUCUCAUAAAUUUGCGUAACCAGAAUACAAGAACUGGAGCCCUCAUUGGAAUUGGGCUGAUAUAUCUGUUUUUUGGAGCCUUCAUUUUUCACAGUAUCGAACAAGAUCAAGAAGUCCUAGAUAUGGCUCGACUAACUGAAGAAGAAGAAAGGUUAAAGCAGAAAUACAAUAUAUCCAGCGAAGAUAUGGAUAAACUAGCCAAAGUAUCGAUAGACCUGGAGCCGUAUAAAGCCGCAACACAGUGGGAUUACACCGGAGCUUUGUAUUUCUCUAUUAUCGUUCUCACUACAAUAGGUUACGGCCAUUCAGUUCCUCAUACCGUGAAAGGAAAAAUAUUUUGUAUGAUUUAUUCUUUAAUUGGGGUUCCACUGUAUCUAGUCAUGUUCCAAGCUAUGGGAGAAAGAAUCAACAACGCUGCUAAAUAUGCUAUAAAAAAAGUUGGAAAAAGAUUGGGUCUCAAAUGUUCAGAGGUAUCUCUAUCAACCUUGGUGCCUUUUGGAUUCUUUUCCUGCGUGUUGACUGUAACCAUCGGUACAGUAGCGUUUUCGAAAUUCGAAGGCUGGUCAACCUUAGACAGCGUUUAUUACUGCGUCGUCACAUUAACGACUAUAGGUUUUGGAGAUUACGUACCUCUGCAGGAAAAAAGGGCUUUGGAAGAAAGACCCAGUUAUGUCGUAUUCAGCUUUAUUUAUAUCUUACUUGGUUUGACAAUUAUCGGUGCCUUCGUCAACCUUGUGGUGCUUCGAUUAAUGGUGACGACAGCUACUGGCGAACCCCCGAAAGAAGAAGAAACACAAGUUGAUGGAUUUGGAGAAUCUGCCAUAAUAUCUUCAUACCAAAAUCAAGCUAAUUCAGGCUGUAAUCCUUAUAAUAAUGAUGACGACCAGAGGCACGAUUCCCAGGGACAUGAUAAUCAGGGCAUAUCGUUGCCAGGAAUGAAUGGUGAUAUAAGAAAUCGGUAUUCUGUAAAUCGAAGUACAACAAGCAAAUGGUACGAUGACGAGAAUCGAAAUAACACGAGACAGCGCAGUUUUAAAACAUCACCCGAAGAAAAGAUGGACGACAAAAUCAACCAACGAUCACGGCACAGUGACGGAAUAUUCUAUGAUUUGUAUAGGGGAGAAGGUCACAGGCAAUCGACAAAUCAUUUUCCUACUAACACAAAUCCUAAAAACAAAACUGUGAUGAAAUUUCAAGAUUUUAAAUUAUGUCAAAAUAAAUCACAAGACACCCAAAUGACUUCUUGUAGCGAAUCUUUGGAACAAGAGAAAGUUUUGGUAUCAAAAAUAUCUCCACCUAUACAAGCGUAUGAAAACAACAAUGCAAGUUCAAAGCUUGAUUGUGUAGUCUGUAGAACAUCAUGCUCAGUUUGCAGUAACCUUUUCUCAUUGCAUCGAUCUUUUGAUAGUAUAAGUGACGCCAAAAUCAAAAAGUUGUUAAAUCAGAAUGGGACACACUUACAUCCUAUAACAACAAAGAACACGAAAUACGCCGUACAAGACAAAUCGACAGCUCGGUGCUGUUCGGAUUUCAUGAAUACAAAAAUAGUCGUAACAGAAAUAGCAGAAAAUACUUCGAAACCGGGUCGUUCAAGUUCUUUGCGAAUUCCUGUGCCUGAUAAUCCUGAACAAAAGACGUUGUUGGAAGUUAAUUCAAAUAAACGCGCAAGAAAUUUAUCCAUGGAUAGUGGAUAUGAAGGAAUGGUCAAUGAAUUUUUGAAUCCAGAUAAUACGAGAUGGCGAUCUCGUUCAGUUAAUUUGGAGAAGCCAAACAACCUAUCUAAUGAAAAAGAAACCAGUCGCCCUUCGUUUCUUUCAUUAACUUCGCCACCCGAAUCUACCGACGUCUUUCCAUUGGAAGCUUCUAGUUCAUCUCAUUCUACUUCAUCCACAUGUAUAGAACCAGAUACUUGUUCGCCAAAAUCUUGGACUCCACCUUACAGCUUUCCUGGAUUUGUGGAUACUGAAAAAAAUCGUCUUCAUUUCGAAAAAGAAGGCAAUUUUUCAAAACGUAAUAUUUCGUUUGAACGGCAAACGUGGCCGCCUAUCGGUGAAAGUAAUCAUCGAUAUCCUCCAAUACCAGCACGAAAUGAAAGCACGGAAAACACUUGUGCAGACGCUCCCGCGAUUGUUAUAACACUGUGUGACGAUGACUCACGGUACAACUCGGAAAAACCUGAUCCUUCGGAAAACUCUCCUGACGAUACUGAAUUGGUCGAUGUUGUCGUGGAAGACAAUAAUAACUUAAAAUUGAAACAACAACAGAAUAACGACCUUCAGUCUAUUAUCCCACCACACAAAAAUUUCCCACAACUCAACAUCAUCAGAAAUUUGUGCCGUGAGCAUCAAACUCAAUACCAAAAGUUGUACAACAUGUUAUCCGGAAAAACUCAUUCUAAACUUGCGAUUGAUGCAAAUGCCAAUGAAGUGGAAAAUGUGGCAUCCAUAUGUACAAAUGGUUUAUCUGUGCCGAGGAAGAAUAACACAGAAUCGAUAACUAAAAGCAGUAUACCCACAACAAAAUUAUGUUCGAAUGGAAGCGUGGUGACAGAUUACAAGAACGGAUCGUCAGUAUGCCCCGUGUUAAACAAUGGGCAUACACAUAUCGGAAGCAGCGUCGGAAUAAGACGAGCUUAUAGCUGCGGUACUGCUGAUCAAAAACUUCAACAGCAUAUAUCACGAUUAUCUCAGUCGUUUCGUGGGCGAAUCAAAACUAUGGAAAAUAGUAACAAGAAUGGUGUCACUCAUAGGCAUGCACCACGAGAAUGGUCGUCAAAAUCAAUUAGAUUGAAAAAUAUGGCUCAAAGUGCAGAAUCACCCUACGUUCGAACAUCAAAUAAAAAAGAUAGUUUGCCUGUGCUUGAUAAACCAAAACGACGAAAAAAAACGAGGCUCGACAUGAUACGAAUGUUUUUGCUGAAAAACAAACAGAACGGGAGAAGACGAGCGAAUGUUUCUACUGUAUUCAACGAAAAACAGACACCCUUACCUUACACCGCCGCGGCAUCGCCCAUAGACAGUUUUGGCGGAAGCGAUCCAACUUUAAAACAUUUUAUUGUUAUAAAUCCCGUUCAUUCGGCUUCCACUCAAUCUUUGCCAAAUUCAACAAUGCUCUCAACCCAGAUUCGGAAUGGCAAGUAUGCGCACAAUCAGGUCAUAAAUGGAGACGCAUUGACGUACGCGGAAUUAAAGAAAGGAGAUCAUAAUUUAUCCAGCAAAUUGAACAAUAAAUUUGAAACGGAUAAUUUACCAAACGGUAUGGCCAUUUACUGAAGAACAUGGCGAUGAACUAAUAUGAAAUAAAACAGCCAGAUGUCGUGAAUAUUGAGCAUGGCCGACACUGAAAAGCACCACAUGCAAAUACUACAAAAAGAUUAAUUGUGUUAGAUUAAUGAAAAGUUGCGUCAGAUUUCCUCAACAUGUAUUCACAAAAAAUCAAAAUAUAGUGAUAGCUGAAAAACACACAAGACUUGGAGUGAAGACAAUGGUGUAUUUUUAUACAAUCCAUAAUCCACUAACAAAUUUCGAGUUAUAAUAUCAUUAUGCUUAUAUACUACUGCGAAUUUUGUACUUGCUCUUUUUCGGACUAUUUAUCUUUUUAAAUAUUUACGGGAUAUUCGUGAGGUUUAGGACAAUAAGAUUCGGAGACUGAAUCAGUGAUCCUGUUAAGUUUCAAAAGGGUUCAUCCAAUCGUGUAUAAAGUGAAUAAUGCUGAGUUUGCUGACUUUUCUUAAAACUUGCACUAUACUAAAUCGACCCAAGCAAAAUCAGAAUACGGAAAAUAUAUUUAUUUCUCUUUUGGUGCAGAGAAAACAGCAAACUUACGAAAAAAUUAUAAGAUGUUUUUGUAGUCUGUUUGUUCGUGCUUAAUUUAAUAAAAAAGAACAAUUUAUAUAUAUUAUUAUAGUAAAGCCUACAUUAGGUUUUAAUUUUGAAAAUGAUUUUUUUACCUAGUUAUUAUUAAUAUGUUAUUGUCUCACGUUUUUAAUAAAAUCAAUCAA